UCCUUUUUCAGUUUUUAGUUCCACAUUCUGUGUGCACUAAAGACAGAAUGUAGGGCAGAUGUGAGCCAUAAAAUUUUAAACAACAAUAUUAUGGCUUUCUAUAACUACUGAGGAUAAAAGUUGUGGAUGUCUUUAAUAAGAGGCUCUAAACAUUCAUUAUUCAAAGAUGGUUGGACUUAUGAUUUUUCUUCUCAUUGACUCUUCGCUGUAUGGUGUCCUGUGCAGUACGUUUCAGGUGUCCUUGGUGCAAACUGUACGGGUUUUGAGAGGAUCCUGUGUGACUGUCCCCUGCUCCUUUGACAUACCGAGCAAAUAUGAAGGCAACCUAAAUGAACAAUGUGAAGCAAAAUGGGUUGACAAGAAUAAAAGCAAUCCACAAUUGACAGAUACAAAUGCAGUGACAGGAGACCUAACAAGGAAAAACUGUACCACCACUUUUGGCAACAUGCGACCUGAUCAUAGUAAUACUUACUACUUCAGACUGGAUUGCAGCAGUUCUCUAAGAGGAACAUUUACCAUGGCUGGUGUGACUCUCACAGUCACAGAUGAUCUUCCCUCACCAACUCUGACUCCAUCCACACUGGAGGUGAAUGAUGGAGACUCGGUGAAUCUGACCUGCUCUGCUCCGGUUCCUUGUCUGUCUCACCCUCCAAAUCUGACAUGGACCCCCACACUGGGUUACAGUCAGGAGACACUGCAAGAAAACCAGGACAAAACAUUUGUUAAGACCUCUGUCCUGAACUUCAAUGCUUCCUACCUCCACGAUGGAGAGAAAAUUUCCUGCACAUCUGUGUACAGGAAACAAGAUGGAAGUGCUGACGCCUCAUUUUCCACAACAGCAAUUAUUUUGUGCAGAAGCUGUGGCCAGUUUGAAAUCUCUCUACCACAGACUGUACAAGUUCUGAGAGGAUCCUGUGUCACCGUCCCCUGCUCUUUUGGCAUGAAGAGAAAAUAUGAACAAUAUUUAAAUGGCGGAUGCAGAGCUCUGUGGGUUUACUCAGAUAGCAGUGAUCCAAGACUAACAGAUACAAACCCAGUGACAGGAAACUUAACGGAGAAAAACUGCACCACCACCUUCAGCAACAUGCAGCAUGGCCAUUCCAACACCUAUAACUUUAGACUAGAUUGUAAUGGUCUCAAAUACACUUUUAAGUCAGCAAGUGUAAAUAUUGAAGUCAUAGAUAAUUUUCCCUCACCAACUCUGACUCCAUCCACAUUGGAGAUGAAUGAUGGAGACUCAGUGAGUCUGACCUGCUCUGCUCCCGUUUCCUGUCUGUCUCGUCCUCCAAAUCUGACAUGGACCCCCACACCGGGGGAGAGUGAGGAGACACUGCAGGAGAAUCAAGACAAAACUCUGGUCAAGAUCUCUGUUCUGAACUUUAAUGCUUCUUACCUUCAUGAUGGAGAGAAAAUCAGUUGCAACGCUGUCUACCAGAAACAAGAUGGAAACUCUGAUACAACUUUGACCUCAACAACAACUAUUUUGUGCAGAAGCUGUGGCCAGUUUGAAAUCUCUCUACCACAGACUGUACAAGUUCUGAGAGGAUCCUGUGUCACCGUCCCCUGCUCCUUUGGCAUGAAAAGAAAAUAUGAACAAUAUUUAAGUGGUGGAUGCAGAGCUCUGUGGGUUUACUCAGGCAGCAGUGACCCAAGACUAACAGAUACAAACCCAGUGACAGGAAACUUAACAGAGAAAAACUGCACCACCACCUUCAGCAACAUGCAGCAUGGCCAUUCCAACACCUAUAACUUUAGACUGGAUUGUAAUGGUCUCAAAUACACUUUUAAAACAGCAAGUGUAAAAAUUGAAGUCAAAGAUAAUUUUCCCUCACCAACUCUGACUCCAUCCACAUUGGAGAUGAAUGAUGGAGACUCAGUGAGUCUGACCUGCUCUGCUCCCGUUUCCUGUCUGUCUCGUCCUCCAAAUCUGACAUGGACCCCCACACUGGGGGAGAGUGAGGAGACACUGCAGGAGAAUCAAGACAAAACUCUGGUCAAGAUCUCUGUUCUGAACUUUAAUGCUUCUUACCUUCAUGAUGGAGAGAAAAUCAGUUGCAACGCUGUCUACCAGAAACAAGAUGGAAACUCUGAUACAACUUUGACCUCAACAACAACUAUUUUGUGCAGAAGCUGUGGCCAGUUUGAAAUCUCUCUACCACAGACUGUACAAGUUCUGAGAGGAUCCUGUGUCACCGUCCCCUGCUCCUUUGGCAUGAAAAGAAAAUAUGAACAAUAUUUAAAUGGUGGAUGCAGAGCUCUGUGGGUUUACUCAGGCAGCAGUGACCCAAGACUAACAGAUACAAACCCAGUGACAGGAAACUUAACAGAGAAAAACUGCACCACCACCUUCAGCAACAUGCAGCAUGGCCAUUCCAACACCUAUAACUUUAGACUAGAUUGUAAUGGUCUCAAAUACACUUUUAAGUCAGCAAGUGUAAAUAUUGAAGUCAAAGAUAAUUUUCCCUCACCAACUCUGACUCCAUCCACAUUGGAGAUGAAUGAUGGAGACUCAGUGAGUCUGACCUGCUCUGCUCCCGUUUCCUGUCUGUCUCGUCCUCCAAAUCUGACAUGGACCCCCACACUGGGGGAGAGUGAGGAGACACUGCAGGAGAAUCAGGACAAAACUCUGGUCAAGAUCUCUGUUCUGAACUUUAAUGCUUCUUACCUUCAUGAUGGAGAGAAAGUCAGUUGCAACGCUGUCUACAAGAAACAAGAUGGAAACUCUGAUACAACUUUGACCUCAACAACAACUAUUUUGUGCAGAAGCUGUGGCCAGUUUGAAAUCUCUCUACCACAGACUGUACAAGUUCUGAGAGGAUCCUGUGUCACCGUCCCCUGUUCCUUUGGCAUGAAGAGAAAAUAUGAACAAUAUUUAAAUGGUGGAUGCAGAGCUCUGUGGGUUUACUCAGAUAGCAGUGACCCAAGACUAACAGAUACAAACCCAGUGACAGGAAACUUAACAGAGAAAAACUGCACCACCACCUUCAGCAACAUGCAGCAUGGCCAUUCCAACACCUAUAACUUUAGACUGGAUUGUAAUGGUCUCAAAUACACUUUUAAAACAGCAAGUGUAAAAAUUGAAGUCAAAGAUAAUUUUCCCACACCAACUCUGACUCCAUCCACAUUGGUGGUGAAGAACGGAGACUCAGUGAGUCUGACCUGCUCUGCUUUGGUUCCCUGUCUGUCUUAUCCUCCAAAUCUGACAUGGACCCCCCCACUACAUAACAGUCAGGAGAAACUGUUGGAGAAUCAGGGGAAAACGCCCAUGAGGAUAUCGGUUCUGAACUUCACUGCUUCUCGUCAGAAUCAUGGACAAAUCUCCUGCGUUGCUGCCUACCAGAAACAAGAUGAAAGCCGUGCUGUAACCUUUUCCACAAGAGUAAAUAUUCAAUGCCCUGAGUGUGACAAGUUUGAGAUCUCUCUGCCGCAGACUGUACAAGUUCUGAGCGGGACCUGUGUCACUAUUCCAUGCUCCUUUGAGCUGCAAAGAGAAUAUGAAAAACACUUGCAUGGGGAAUGUACAGCUCUGUGGGUUUACUUGGAAAGCACUGACGCAAGACUAACAGAUACAAAUCCAGUAACUGGGAACCUAACAGAGAAAAACUGCACUACCACCUUCUAUAAUGUCCAGCCUAAUCAUUCCAGCUUAUAUUACUUUAGACUGGAUUGCAAAACUCUUAGAUACACGUUUAAAGAAGCAAGUGUAAAAAUUGAUGUCAAAGAACAUUUUCCCUCACCAACUCUGACUGUGUCCAUACUGGAGGGGAAGGAGGGAGACUGGGUGAAUUUGACGUGCUCUACUCCAUCUCCAUGCCUAACUCAUCCCCCAACUCUGACAUGGACCCCCAAAAUGGGGGAUAUUAUGGAGACAAUGCAGAUGAGCCCAAAUAAAUCUACAGCUAAGACCUCUGUCCUGAGUUUCAUUGCUACCAAUCUCCAUCACAGACAGAACAUCUCCUGUACUGCUACUUACAAGAUGGGGAAUGGAAACUCUAACUCAUCACUUACUACAAGUUUGAAAACAGAGAUUUUGUUUCGUCCAAAGAUCCUGCCCUCUUCUAGUUGCAUCAAAACAACAAGUCAAAUCAACUGUUCCUGUGAAAUUGUGGGAAACCCUCCUAUCUUGCUGUGGCUUUUCAAUGGGCAACCAGUCAACCAAUCUGGGAAGGUUUAUGCUAUCAGUCACUCCCUGAAUGACACGUAUCUGAGGAGCACCAUCACUGUGAAUCAGCAACAGGAGAGAAACUUAUCGUCAUUGCUCUGUUUCAGCUUCAAUUCAUUGGGAUCAGACAGUAAACAGCUAUUCAUCAACUCACCUCAUAUUCCAGCAGAAAAUCAAGUUUCUCCAAGGAUCCUGCCCUCUUCUAGUUGCAUUCAACGCAUAAACCAAAUCAACUGUUCCUGUGAAAUUGUGGGAAACCCUCCCAUCUUGCAGUGGUUUUUCAAUGGGCAGCCUGUAAACCAAUCUGAGAAUUUUGUCAUCACUGACUCUUUGAAUGGCACAUAUCUGAGGAGCACCAUCACUGUGAAUCAGUCACAGGACAGAAACUUGUCUUCCUUGCUCUGCUUCACCUUCAAUUCAUUGGGAUCAGACAGUAAACAGCUUUUUAUUAAUUCCCCUCACAUUUCUGGAGAAAAUCAAGUUCCUCCGAAGAUCCUGCCCUCUUCCGCUUGUAUCAAAACAAGAAGUCAAAUCAACUGUUCCUGUGAAAUUGUAGGAAACCCUCCAAUGUUGCAGUGGCUUUUCAAUGGGCAGCCUGUAAACCAAUCUGGGAAGGGUUUUAUCAUCACUGACUCUAUGAAUGGCACAUAUCUGAGGAGCACCAUCACUGUGAAUCAGCAACAGGAGAGAAACUUGUCGUCAUUGCUCUGCUUCAGUUUCAAUUCAUUGGGAUCAGACAGUAAACAGCUUUUUAUGAACUCGCCUCAGAUUAUAGCAGAAAAUCAAGUUCCUCCGAGGAUCCUGCCCUCUUCUAGUUGCAUCAAAACAACAAGUCAAAUCGACUGUUCCUGUGAAAUUGUGGGAAACCCUCCUAUCUUGCUGUGGCUUUUCAAUGGGCAACCAGUCAACCAAUCUGGGAACGUUUAUGCUAUCAGUCACUCUCUGAAUGGCACGUAUCUGAGGAGCACCAUCACUGUGAAUCAGCAACAGGAGAGAAACUUGUCGUCAUUGCUCUGCUUCAGCUUCAAUUCUUUGGGUUCAGACAGUAAACAGCUUUUCAUCAACUCACCUAGGAUUUUAGGAGAAAAUCAAGUUUCUCCAAGGAUCCUGCCCUCUUCUAUUUGCUUUCAACGCACAAACCAAAUCAACUGUUCCUGUGAAAUUGUGGGAAACCCUCCCAUCUUGCAGUGGUUUUUCAAUGGGCAGCCUGUAAACCAAUCUGAGAAUUUUGUCAUCACUGACUCUUUGAAUGGCACAUAUCUGAGGAGCACCAUCACUGUGAAUCAGUCACAGGACAGAAACUUGUCUUCCUUGCUCUGCUUCACCUUCAAUUCAUUGGGAUCAGACAGUAAACAGCUUUUUAUUAAUUCCCCUCACAUUUCUGGAGAAAAUCAAGUUCCUCCGAAGAUCCUGCCCUCUUCUGCUUGUAUCGAAACAAGAAGUCAAAUCAACUGUUCCUGUGAAAUUGUAGGAAACCCUCCAAUGUUGCAGUGGCUUUUCAAUGGGCAACUUGUCAACCAAUCUGGGAAGGGUUUUAUCAUCACUGACUCUUUGAAUGGCACAUAUCUGAGGAGCACCAUCACUGUGAAUCAGCAACAGGAGAGAAACUUGUCGUCAUUGCUCUGCUUCAGCUUCAAUUCUUUGGGUUCAGACAGUAAACAGCUUUUCAUCAACUCACCUAGGAUUUUAGGAGAAAAUCAAGUUUCUCCAAGGAUCCUGCCCUCUUCUAGUUGCAUUCAACGCACAAACCAAAUCAACUGUUCCUGUGAAAUUGUGGGAAACCCUCCAAUGUUACAGUGGCUUUUCAAUGGGCAACCUGUCAACCACUCUGAGGUUUUUGUCAUCACUGACUCUUUGAAUGGCACAUAUCUGAGGAGCACCAUCACUGUGAAUCAGUCACAGGACAGAAACUUGUUUUCCUUGCUCUGCUUCACCUUCAAUUCAUUGGGAUCAGACAGUAAACAGCUUUUUAUUAAAUCCCCUCAAAUUUUGGCAGAAAAUCAAGGUAAAGGGCAGAUUUCUGUGUUCAUCAGCACAACCGUCAUCUUACUAGUUUUAGUGUGUGUCUUGCUGUUUGUUAUCAGGUUUCAGAAGACUCACCAUUACCCUCUAUAUAAUAUAUUUGGAGGCAAACAGACGAAGGUACAAAACACAAGUGAAGAUGACAUCAGUAUAAAAGAAAUCACAUCGAUUAUGAAAAGAGGAAGCCUAAAUAAUGACGUUGAUGAUUCGUUGUAGCUUUUAUAAAGAAGAAAAAGAAGUCUGGCAUUAGAAUUAUCCGACAACAUUUAUAGAUAAAGGAACUUUCUACUUAUGUGGUCACAGAGCAGCUGCUUUUCCUUGUAAAGGUAAAUUGCCAUUGGGAUUCAUAAUCACAUUAUGUUUCACCACUCAUUAUUAUUGUUGGGGCUCAAGAUCAAAAUUAAUCCUAAUGAUUUAGAGGUACCAAACAGCUUAAAGCUGGUAUUGCUAUUUAUAAAACAGUCCUGAUUUUUUUUUUAAGUGAGAUUCAAAUUAUCCAUAUUUAUUUCUCUAAACACAAGUAAAUAUUCUUGCAGACUUCUGCUACUUAAAUGUAAAUUCACUGAUUAUGGUUUUAUGUUUGCAGGAGUUGGGAAUGCAUCUUUUUUAUUUAACAAACAUACACUUGCUCUGAAUCUUAGCUGUUGUAGCUUGUUUUCAUUUACAUUUUUGUUUUUCCAAAAAGAAAGAAUAUUGCUGAAUAUUACAUCUUGCUAGAAUUUUUUUCCAGGUUUAGAUAUUGGUGUCACUACAACAAUUAAUUACAUCAUAAAUGCAUUUGCUUGAAUCAUAGUUGACCAUUUCAGGGUCAGUUUCACCAUUUUGUCACCAGUGAAAAAUGCUGCAGAGCUUUUCUUCAGAUUGUAAAAUAAUGAUUGGUUUCCCCUCUACUUCUGGCUAAGCCACAUAAUUGUAUAAUUUCUUUUCAGAAUUAAUGUCACAAUCCUUAAAUGCUAGAUUUGGUUUUCUUUUGUAUUUAUAUUUUUGAUUAUCUCCUUGUUCUUUAGUCCUUAUCAAUUCAUGCCUUUGUAUUUAGUUUCUUUACUUUUUCUUAAAUUUUGUUUCUGAUUCUCAUGGUAAGAUUUGAUUAUUAAACAAAAUUACCUUCUUUUGAAGGUAGCACCUGCAACACAGUUAUUUUUUAAUCUUCUGAUUCUAUCUUGUCUGUACAAGGGUGAGUUAAAGCAAUUUGUGUAUCAAAUUCCAAAAUUAAUGCUGUACAUAACAAAAGUCCCAAUA